AUGAAGCGCAGAAGAGGGUACAGGAUAGUAUUGAUAGACGAAUCCUUGAGGAGACUCAGAGGGCUCUCCGGGGAGAGUCCGAGGCAUGUCAAAGUUAACCGUGACAAUAAGACUCUCUGCAUAUUAGGCGCGAAGACGAUAAUAUGCAUUUUUGGGUUGUUUGAAGUUGAAGUACUCCUCAUAUUUCUCGGCGCGAGGGAAUUCUCGACCUGCAAGGAGGGACGCGAUGGCAACUCUCCAACUAUUACAGUUGGUAAACCUUAUGGCAAGAGAAUGUUUAGGCAAGGUAUAGGUUUUGUUGGACUGACGAAGGGGAGUGGUAUUGCACUUAGGGCUGAUAAGAAGAAUUUAACAAAGCAUUGGGAGUUUUGGUGCUUCUUACACGGCCUGGAUUGGCCGCUGGUUCUGAAUAGCUGGCUUUGGCCGGAAGAUGCGGGCUUCACUAAUGAAAUACCCGGGGAUGAGGUUCCACUGCACAACAUGCUCCUCCGAGAAGCAGAUCUCAUCCUGCCGAACCAAUUCGACGCAGCUAUCGCAGCUACAGGCCCUUUCAGUGAUGACCAAGUCUCCACGGUGGAUCGGGUACACCUAUUCUUUAUAAAUGGAGGUGUUGGUUUCCGAAACCGUGUUGUUCCACUCAAACCCGAUCUAAAGCAUGGAGCAAUCUGGGCAGAGCGACUCCUUUGGAUUGAGCCAGACACCAUGUGUCGACACCAGCAGGACGGUCGAAUUUGGCACAAUUUCUUCUUAAUCGUGGUCUGUCUCAUGAAAACCCAGCCCACACAACUAAUCUCAAUUUUAGCAACGUUAUUCAUAACGUCGACCCAAUUUCUGACUCAAGGACUUUCACCAUUGCUCAAACUUUGGGCAUUGAAGACAAUAUCGAUCCUUACCUGGACAAAUGGAUUAAUCAAAUCUCUUAGUGCAAUCAUAGACUUCGGCGGUGUCGGAUUCAUUUCACCAAACGUUGGUAUCACAUCAUAUAUCGUGACACUCGAUCCUGCUCAGUUCAGUCUUGGUGCUUUCAACACCACACGAUUCUUCGAGGUGUUGGACACUCUUAGCUAUUCCCAGAUUCCGGAGCAUAAUCUACCAAAAUACACUCAACGCUUUUCAACUAUAUAUACAGUGGGCACAGGCCAAGGCCAUAUAUGGAAUAAUUAUUCAUUGCCGGUAUUUGACACUACUGACGAAAUUUCAAGAGAGCAAUCGUCGUCAGGAUUCCAGACAUCGCUUUGUUCAAUAUAUACCCAUAUACUGUAUUUGAAUACAUUCCGACUAAUCUACAUCUUUGUUAGACAGUCGAAAAUUCUAAUUCCCAUUAGAACAUAUCAGAUAUUCAACUCAUCUAGGGUUUCGUUGAUGGAAACAACUACUCGUAUGGCAGGAAAUGCUCACGGACUCUAUGAUGGAGCAUAUAGUGGCCCAGGAGAGGUCUUUGCGUCUGCUUAUAGUUUCGGAAUCGAUGCUUUUGGGUAUUCACCGUAUAGUGGAUGA